CUGCGGAGGCCCCAGUAGACCGCUGUUUGCAGGGUUUCUGCUUCUCCGCAUCUCUCCCGCGGGGUCCCGAGGCUGCUUCGCGACCGGCCCCAGGAUGUGCGCCGCCGCGGCCGUCCCGCGCUCCGUGCACGCCUUCUCCGCGCGCCUGCUGGGCAGCGGGGAGCUGGUGAACCUGGCCACCCUGCGGGGCAAGGUUCUGCUCAUCGAGAAUGUGGCGUCCCUCUGAGGCACCACGGUCCGCGACUACACGCAGAUGAACGAGCUGCAGCGGCGCCACGGCGAUCGCGGCUUCGUGGUGCUCGGCUUCCCCUGCAACCAGUUUGGCCACCAGGAGAAUGGCAAGAAUGAGGAGAUUCUGAAUUCCCUGAAAUUCGUCCGACCGGGCAACGGGUUUGAGCCUAACUUCAUGCUCUUUGAGAAGUGUGAGGUGAAUGGAGAGAAGGCUCACCCUCUCUUUGCCUUCCUACGGGAGGCACUGCCGGCCCCAAGUGAUGAUGCCAUUUCUCUAAUGACCGACCCCAAGUUCAUCAUCUGGUCUCCAGUGUGCAGGAAUGAUGUCUCUUGGAAUUUUGAGAAGUUUCUGGUGGAUCCUGAUGGUGUGCCAGUGAAGAGGUACAGCAGGCGAUUUGAAACCAUCAACAUUGAAAAGGAUAUCGAGGAGCUCCUGGCCAAGGUGCCCAAAAAAGCCUAAGGCCCCAUGUCUUAAGAAGAUGCAGCUACUGCUCAGAGCAUUCCCGAUUUUCUCCUCUGAAAUGGGUUGUCUGGGGUUUGGCAGAAAGGUGCUAAUGGUCCAUGUGGGUUUUAUCUAUGAUGGUAUUCUUUUUAAACCUUUAAGGAGAAAGAAUACUUGAUGUUGCUUGUAAAAUCUCCAUGAGACUCUAGUGGCCUGCCUCGCCUUUACUCUGGAUAGCUCAAGUGCCUGUGUAUUCUAAUAAAAGUCCAGAAGAAAAACAA